AUGGCUGGAUUAGCGCCGUUCCCGAAAUUUGAUGUGUACGGGGAGGAAACAUCCCUUGGCACAAGAUGGACUAAAUACGUGACAAAGUUGGAAAAUUUGUUCACAGGACUUAGCAUUGACUCCAAAAAACGGAGGAAAGCGCUAUUACUUCACUAUGCCGGAGAUGAAGUAUUCGAAAUAUACGAAACAUUGAAUCUUGGAGACAGCGAUUCAAACUACGAUGACGUCAAGCAAGGGUUAACAGGCUAUUUCCAACCGAAGAAAAACAGAGAGUUCGAGCGGUUCGAAUUUAGGAACCUAAAACAACAUCACGCCGAAACAAUAGACCAAUUUGCAACUUGCCUCCGCCACAAGGCAGACAAUUGUGAAUUUUCGGACAAAGACGGUGAAAUAAAGAGCCAAAUCAUCCAAGGCUGCGUGUCAAAGAAACUACGACUUAAAUGUCUGGAAGAAGACAAGCCGCUUAAAGAUAUUUUAACAAUGGGAAGAACAAUGGAAAUUGCGGACAGACAAGCCAAAGCAAUGGAACCGCAAUACAGCGACGUAAAUAAAAUUAAAGUCACACCGCAACACACAAAAUCGCAACAUGCAAAUUAUAGUUAUCCACCCUCAGCACAAAGAAAACGUCAACAACAGUCACAAUCAAGACAAACGUGCAGAAACUGUGGCGGCAUAUAUCCACAUCAGACCAAGUGCCCAGCCUACGGAGCGACAUUGGAAACUAAAUCAAAAGUGACAGCAGCAGAAUUUCACAUUGUUCAGGGAUCAUCAGUGACAUUAAUCAGUUACCUUUCAUCUGUUGAACUCGGUAUUGUGCCAGUAAUAAACUCAGUGAACAGUAACAAAUACGAGGAAUUAUGUGACAAAUAUCAGUCCGUGUUCACUGGUUUAGGCAAAUUAAAAGACAAACAAAUCAAGUUCCAUGUUGACGAAAACGUCGUGCCUAUAGCACAACCAGCUAGAAGAAUUCCAUUCCACGUGCGAGAAAAAGUGGAACAGGAAAUAAUACGACUAGAACAGCAAGAUGUCAUUGAAAAGGUGGACGGGCCGACACCUUGGGUUUCGAACAUUGUUGUAGCACCAAAGCCAAACGCUCCAGACCAAAUAAGGCUUUGUGUAGAUAUGAGAAAAGCAAAUCAAGCAUUGAAACGCGAGCGUCAUGUAGUGCCUACAACUGAUGACAUAAUCCUGGAAUUAAACGGAUCAAAGGUGUUCUCCAAAGUGGAUUUUAAUAAAGGAUUUCACCAGCUUGAGCUGUCCGAGGAGUCACGCAACAUGACAGUGUUUGCAUCGCAUGUCGGAUUAUACAGGUACAAACGACUGAAUUUCGGUGUAAGCGUAGCGCAAGAAAUAUUCCAGAAUGAAAUACGACAAGUGCUUACAGGUCUCGAGGGAACAUUGAACAUAUCGGAUGACAUUAUAAUACACGCACCAAACCGUGACGAACAUGAUCGGAGACUCGUAGCCGUACUGCAACGAAUGUAA